AUGUUUUUGAAGGAUAACAAUACUAACAAUACUAACGGCUACCACCAUCAACCACCACCUCCACCACCGGAAAUGGUGCAUAAUCACAUCAACAGAGACAGAGCCCGUCGUGUCAGUCGCCGCUCACGUGUUUCCACCUCUAAUUCCCUUGUUAGGGUUUCCGAUACCGUACAACCUCAACAUCUACAACAAUCUAAUCGAUCUCCUUGCACAGAUUACGAUAUGGCGUAUUUUCAUUCCUAUGCUCACCUCGAUAUUCAUCAAGAGAUGAUCAAGGAUCGUGUGAGGACGGAUACUUAUAGGGAAGCAAUCAUGCGGCAUCAAAGUCUUACCGUUGGCAAAGUUGUAGUUGAUGUUGGGUGCGGUACAGGAAUCCUUUCUAUAUUUUGUGCUCAGGCUGGUGCAAAGCGGGUGUAUGCAGUUGAUGCCAGUGACAUUGCUCUGCAGGCAAAUGAAGUUGUUAAAGCAAAUGACCUUUCUGAUGUUGUCAUUGUAUUGCAUGGACGAGUUGAGGAUGUUGAAAUUGAUGAAGAGGUGGAUGUUAUAAUUUCAGAAUGA